AUGGGAUGCGUAAGGUCAGCUUCCUGCAAUCUGUGUGCAGAUCAGCUAUGCAAUAUAUGCUCAGGCUUUGGACAAGGCUCAUGCACUACAUGCACAGAAAAUGCUCAAGGUGCUGUUUGUUCUUGCAAUGCAGAUUCAAUACUAAUAAAAUCCCUAUGAAAGUGCCUAAAAUGCGAUAAUAAUUAUUGCGGAGAGUGACUCAUUAAUUAAAUAUUAUAGAGAAUCUCGCUGCCAGGCCACUAAUGGCUUUUCAAGUCCCUUGCUUCGCAUCAUCCCCUUGCUUGCCAGUCUGAAUGCACAGAUUAAGGCUUGUGCUGCUCUCUCAGAGCAAGAGUCUGCACUUGCUAGCCGUAGGUAAAGAUAUUGGGCCACUGUGCAGUACGUCGAUGAGGUUAACUUUCCUGAAAAUUCAAAAGUGAAUUUUGUUGGUCAGGCUCUCAACAGAGAUGAAACAUUUAGCCUAGAGCGCAUCUCCCGGUAUCGCGUUAAGAUAAUUCCCUAUUGUUCGGGUAAGCACCCUCCGACCUUGCUGGACUAUCCCUUUCCAACUUCAAAUCCAGGUAAAACCUUGACCUGGAUGUGAGCCCUACGAUUGGCCAACUCAACAUUGCGUCCACCAGGCCAAGUAAAACCUGGCCUAACACACUCAUCAAACACUGCUCUUCCUCCCAAAUAGUUCACAGACUCCGAUUGACUAGAAUUAUAUUGCGAAGAAUGCGCUAUGAGAGAGGAAACUUAUUUUAACUGUAACAAAUGCUCUAAAGGAUAUUUAUUUCAAGGAGUUUGUCUCGAUGAAAACCCAUAUGGAGCUAAUCGCUGUUCUGAAUUACCAUGCUUAGUCAUCAAUGCUGAGUUUGAGACAGAUUUUAAAGGGGUAUAUGACGUUUUCAGAACAUGCAGUGGCUCAGAUACAUUUCAUUUCUGGAAUAGUCCUGAGGCAUGUGAUCCAAUCCCAGCAAAAGAUAGAGGACUUUACUUUAAUGGAAACCAAUUUUUGGCUUCAGACUUGAUUUAUUUUUCACAUUCAUUUUCAAUUGUUUCCUGAAUUAAUAGCUAUGGAGAAGGAGUUAUUUUUCAAAAAAAUGAUAGAAUUAUGGUAGGAAGUGAUUUUUCUGCCCAAAUCACUAUGUUCAGCCCCGCUGGUGGAGUUAAAGAAGAGUCAAUUAUUCAAUCUAUUAUAAGUGGCUGGUGUCAAUUUGAAUUAGCAUUAAGCUUUUUAAAUGGAAUUCAAACAAUAACUAUUUUUUUGAAUGGUAUCCAAGCCAGAAAACUAUCAGAGUCUGAGUAUUUAUACAGAGAUGUUUCGAGUUAUUUAGUGAUCGGAAAAGGGGGAAGUAAUUUUUAUUUUAAAGGCUUUAUCUAUGAUUUUAAUCUGUUUAUUGGUACUAUAAAUGAUCCAUCACUUUACAAUGGCAAAUCAAUUUGUGCGGUGGGUAGCGAGAGGCCUUGUCUAUCACCUUGCGCUUUCUUUGAGUUUUAUGAUGACGGUUGCAUCGCUUGUAAUGAUAAAUGCUCAAAUGGCUGUGUAAGACCCAAGUCUUGCAAUCUUUGCUCUGAUAUACUUUGCAUAAAGUGCCCAAGUUUCAGUGAUGGUCAUUGCAAUGAAUGUGUAGCCAAUGCUCAAGGCUCAGUUUGCACUUGUAAUAUUGACUCAAUUCUUAUAAAAAAUGAAAUAGACUGGGCUUGUGAAAAAUGUGAUAACGGCUAUUGCAAAGCCUGCGACAAGCGGGAAGCAACUUAUUUCGAUUGCAAGGAGUGUGAAAAUGGCUAUUUAAUCAAUAGAGUUUGUUUAGACCAAGUUCCUUAUGGCUUUGAAGAGAAUAAGUGCCUUGAUUCGGCCUGUUUGGUAAUCAACGCAGAAUUUGAAGCGGAAUUUAGUGGAAUUUAUGACGUAUUUAAAACCUGUGGCAGCUCAAGCUCUUUUAAUUAUUGGUAA